UCUUAAUCCACUGAUCGCAUUCGAUUUCCCCAGACCUACGCUGUCUUUACCCACGCUGCGGUCCCUUCCUCUGUCUCAACAGUUCCUCCACCUCACUAUCCUAGCCUUAUUGCCACUUCCCUCGGCUCUGGUCUUUGGUGUGUUGUGCGCGUCGCCCAAGUUAGAGAACAAUGCCGGUCAAAGAAAUCCUCCUUCUGCGACAUGGUCACCGGCUUGCGUGGCAACUCGACCCUACGACCGGAAAAUACACUUCGAGCCACCGUUUUCCCAGCGGCCUACCUGCAGAUCCACCACUGGCGUCCCACGGGGUCCAACAAGCCGUCGAAACUGGUGAGCACUUCGCCGACACUUUAGGUGAUCUUGUGCGACAAGACCGCGUCAGAAUCUACUCUAGUUUAUUCUACCGGUGUUUGGAGACAUUACGACCAAGCAUGGAGAGGUUACGAGAGAUUCAACAACAGCACAGAACGCAAGGUGGAUUGAGAGACGGCGUGGAAGAUCUCAAAGUCAGAGGCGAGCUCGGGAUCGGUGAAUGGUUUGGGCGAGCCUGGUUCAAACAGCCGCGCCCAGCGUCGCCGGAACGGUUGAAAAAUACAUGGUUUCCUUGGGUUGACGAUCAGUAUACGUCGUUGGUGGUACCAGAUGAACAUGGCGAGCGGAUUGAAGCGUUGCAUGACCGAGUCGCCAGAGCGUUGGAAGCGGUCGUCAACGAUGUCGAUGAAGAGUAUGCGCGGCAAGGAAGGGCAGACGAACAGGUUACCCUCUUACUCUGUGGACACGCAGCUCAGAUUAUCGCCAGUGGAAGAGCUCUCACGGGUGUGGUACCUGAGGAUCUCGACGAGGAUGAUUUCCAGUGUUUUACAUGUGGCAUUAGUCGGUUCGUCAGGAGGGCAACGACGACGACAGCGGGGGAGGACGGCACUGGCGACUGGAGAGGCGGUGUCGGUGUUGCAGGCGGCUGGGACUGUGUAGCCAACAGUGACUGCGGACACUUGCAAAACGGAGAGGAGAGAGGGUGGCAUUUCCACGGUGACGAGAGUUUUGAUUCAUAUGGUCCGCCAAAGGGCGAGGACAUCAAGGUAGAAGAUACAGGCGAGGUUCUGGUGGGAAAAUUAUGAGGGAGAGGGGAAAGAAACAUCAUGACGAUGACGAUGACGAUGACGAUGAUCAACUAUGAGGAUAUGCUACACAGUGCAUAUGACCAUGAGACCAUUGCAAUGGUUGGGGGGGCACUGAUCGAGGUUUGCAUUAGACGGUGGCUACGAUGAGGAUAAUAGAUCAGAGGACGAACUGGCCCUGGGUCGGAUGGCCAUGUAUACCCAGAUAAGUAGAAACACUCUGGCGGUAAUUGUCAGAGACCUGAGAGAGUCGCUCACAAAGGCUUCCAAGCCAU